CCAGGUGCCCCCCACGGGUCACCGUCGUCCGACGAUCGGCACGUUGGUGACCUGGGUAACAUCGAGGCCGAUGCCAAUCAGGUGGCUAAUGUCAACAUUAGGGACAGCCGCAUACGGUUUGCGGGCGACGGGAACAUCCUUGGCCGCUCUCUGGUCAUUCACUCCGGGGAGGACGACCUCGGCCUGGGAGGGCAGAGCGACAGCAAAACCACCGGCCACGCCGGCGCCCGGCUGGCCUGCUGCAUCAUAGGCGCCGUCUGACGUCACUGAUGUGAUGUGACGAGUGACGUCAUACGUCUCACGAGGACGUCGGGCUCGCGUUUGAUGUUGAUGCCACAUCUGAUGCUGCGUUAUCAUCAAAUUUGACGUCUUCAGACUUGUAGAUGACGUUGACUGCCGCAUGUCGUGUCGAAUGUCGAUGUUGAUGCGAGAAGUUCUGGAGAUAUCGUAUUGUGAAGGAUAAAAAGAAACGUUUUAUCAACGUAUAAAUGUACGGUGUUAUCGAUGAGAUGUAAGCGAGAUGUGAGUUGUGAGUGUCUUCUUAUAAAUGAUGUGUGGUGUGUAACCGUUCUGAAGUGAUGUGUGCUCAUCAGUCAAUCAUAAGUUCAAAGGCAUGAAAUGACGGAUGAUAUGUGGAACUAAUGGCGUCUUACGGCUAUUAUUCCGUUCUUUCGAAUACUCCGGAAACUUCUGUCUGCCACUGAGGUUUUUGCAUCUUUUAUCGUUUCUCUCCCAUCUUCUGUGCGCCAUUGUUUUCCCCAGCUAUAAGUAAGUUCAUUUGUUUUAACGCUAUGGGUACAUCCCCUUUGGCUGGUAUAUUUGUAUGACGUCAUAUAGCCCUUUGUGAGUGGAGUUAUGAGUCGCUUUUUAAGCGCAGAACAAGUGAGAGAUGAGCCUUACUCCACAUGGUAAUUCAUGAAAAUCGAUCACGUCGCUUUCUGCCGGCAAUUCUUUUUAUCUAUGUUUGUAUUACUUUAUUUUAUUAUUUAUUUCAUUUUUGUGCUUACUGAAGGUGGUCACUGAGGGUGGUCACUACAUUUAUGAGUUGGUGGCUUUGGUGCCCACUCUCUCAAGGUCAAUGGCACCCAUAUUGCCGUGUAAAUAUAUUACAUAACAUGAUAAGCAUACAACCAUAGCUUGACGCAUUUAUAUUAUCCGGAAUCUGUGGCUAGUUUUAAGCUUUAUUUGAUAGUUUGUGUUUAUUUCGCUGCAUUGAUAUCGGUGCAUUUUGCGUGCAUUUUCCCAGAAAUAGAGGUUUCGUUUGAAGCCGACGAUUCCAUUGAAUUGAUGUCGAUUAACUUAAAAAUACAGACUAGUUGUAAAUAGUAUUAACAAACGUCUGUCGUGUACGUUUAGAUGUAUUACGCUCUAUUAUUGCGACCUAUGCUCAACAGACACUUUGUUUGUAAUGCGCGCUUAUUUAUCUAGUUCUUUGCGGAAGUGCUAAUGGCGUUUGUAUUUGAAACAAAAGCAGGUAGGCUUGUAACAGUUCGCGAUAUCCACAAGUGGUUUGCAUAUGUAAAUACUAACAGUCCUUUUUACUUUGUCACCUGUAAAAGGCAAGUGCUAACGGUGACAUCUAUUUUAUGUCUAAAUUGAAAUACACAUUGGAAAUACAGGGUCGUGUUUCUUUUCCCUAUGAUUCAGUACCUACCAAUUUUUCCCCACCUCUUAGACGACGUUGUGUCCAUUUGAAUAAUUAACGCAUGAUGAUUGAAGAAUACUUCACAGAAUCCCAGAAAACACAAAUGGUACCAUAUGUAUUUGAACGAACAUAUCACCUCGGUAAUACACAACAGAAAUCUUAGUUUCAUUAUGCUCUAAUGAUUACAUUCAGAGGCUGCAGAAAUAGCAUCGGAAGCGCAAAUAAAUGAAAUACGAGAGUAAUAGCUGCUGUCAAUGACAUUUUCGUCUCGACAAAUUUGUGCUGUUCUGAGCAUACAUUUAUGCCUGAAUGCACAAAUCAUAGAGGUAUCGGGGGGUUUCUCUUUCUAUACAAGGCGGAGCCACUUACGUAAGACGGGGAUUCGCUGAAGAUCGUUAGCUCGUAACGACACAAUUAAGUCCUCAGACGGUUCUCAGUACAAGUGUAGGAUAUUGUAUUAGUUUGUGGAACUCAUAAGUGAUGCAGUGCACGUUUCGCUCCGCGUCAAUCGUUGUCUGAGC